UUAUCUUACAUGCUUCUAUUUUAAAUCACUUUAUGCUUUUGCAAGAUUAUAUAUACAUUUAAUUCUGUUGUUACCUUUGCAUUGACAGUCAAAGAUGUUGAGCUUGCGAGAAGAAUCUUCCCAAUCCGGUGUGCAAUUAACAUCAGAGGAGAUGUCUAGGCAGGCACUUGGAAAAAGGAAGAGAUACAUUCUUGGAUUUGGGGAUGGGCCGAAGCCCUCUUCAUCUUCUUCCACACCUAGUCGUGUGUCACAAGACCAUGUUGGGGAGUUACAGAAACUUAAAGCUGAGAUGGAGGAGAUGAAGAUGGAGCGUGAGAUGGAGCGUGAGGAGCUGCGGAGGCAAUUGGAACAGGAGAGGAGAGAGCGAGAGGAAGAACAGAAGCAAAUUGCACAUCUUACAAGUUUGGUGACAGAGUUCUUAAAGAAAAAGACUCAAACGCAUAAGUCGUCUAUCCAUCAUGAUGGGGCCAUGUAUUCAACUGGUGGCACAAAUACUCGUUGAUACAUGGUGGAGUUAUGAGCAUGUGAAUCUAGUUUUUGG